CGGUGGGACAUUGUGAUAAUCUUAUCCUUGUGCCAAAUCCAACCAUCCAACGUCCGACAAUGCAUCCAUGCAAACAUCCGCGGAAGCUACGAUACGGCUGACCACUCUUUUUCCAAACUUUUUCCAAAAGGGAGCGUACUACUACUCUAGCAGCUACAGUGGUCGUACGGUAGCUACCGAGCCAGACAAAGAUCAAGUUUCUAGAGUUGUGUAGCAGCAGAACACCAUCAACAUGGCUGAGAACGUCACUUUGGCAGACUACUUUCGGCGAGGAACUACCAAUAUUCAGUGGUGUGAGGAUUUGGUUGCCAAACAUGCUCACAGUGACUGGGUUGCUGAAUACUACAACACUUGGUCGAAUCUGCCCUUUUACAUGGUGGCAAUUUUUGGAAUGAAGCGCUGUGUGGAAAUGAAGCUGAACAGAUCCUUUUGGGCUGCUGAAGUUGUCAUGUUCCUUGGUAUUGGAAUAGGCAGCACACUCUUUCAUGCUCACCAGUCCAGAGUGGCCCAGUAUGCGGAUGAAAUUCCAAUGACUUUGCUUUUAAUUGCACAGAUCAAUGGCAUGGAAGGAACGCACCCUUGGUUGACGUCAUCCAUCAAGGGGAAACAAGCACCGUUCUACCGUUGGUUGCAUGGCUUUGUGGCAUGUAUUUGGGCUCUCUACGUCUACACCAACGACUAUGCUUUCUUUACUGUGGUGUUUAGUGUUCAAAUUUGUACAAAUUUUGGUAUGCUAGGUGAUUGUGGAAGACGGUUGAAACAUUCCCAGCUGAAUUGGUACAUUGCUAUGACCUUCAUUGCAGUUGCAAAAAUAUGCUGGGAACUUGAACGAAAACUCUACAGAGAUGGUGCCUGUGAUACUCCAGGAGCUCUGUCGUUGCAUCCUGUGUGGCAUUUGGGGGCUGGCAUAGCACAUUACUUCGGCAUGCGACAAUGUGCAGAAUUACUGGAAUUCAGCAACAGAGGCAAACUUGGCAACUCCAAGAAGAUUGACAAAGUGGAUUGAGCCCAGCCUGGCCUACUUUGCUCACACUUGAGACCUCACACCGCACCAGUGUUAGUGUGUGAAUAGAGAGAAACGUUGAAACCAACAAGCAAUGAAACUCGCUGAAGCCAACAGAACCUUAAGCACGCAUGGAAACCAACAGAACCGAAGGAUUGACUCACAGGCAUACUGGUAACUGAUCUCGGAGCCAAUGAAGAGCUUGUUUUUCAAGGCACUUUCUUUCCUUUAGUUUACAUGUGUAUGUAUAGUCUGGGUUGGAGCGGUAGCUCCUUUCUAUCUAUCUAGUCUACUUCUUUCUUACUGG